AUGGAGCACGAGUCCGAAGUUGUGCAGCCGUCGUCGCUUUUCGGCGUUUUGGAGACCUGCCUCUCGAAAUGCAGGCACGCUCUACAAGACGAGGAGCUCGUGGAGCACUACAAGAACCUUUAUCAGAGCAACUUGUUCCAGUACAACAAGAUCCUUCUUACGCUGCAGCGCUCCGUGGAGGAGACUCAAUCCAAUGCGGAGCGCAUCAACGCUGCCAUCGUUAACGAUGAGGGCAUCAAAAAUGGGAUCCACGUCGAGCUCAACACUCUGCUGUCGAACUGCGAGUCGUCUGAACACCGCGUGGUUGAGCUCGAAGAGGAGCGUACGAGAGCGCAGGACUUGGGCAACCAACUGUCAGCGCAGGAUGAGAAGCUUGCAAGGUCGUUAGAACAAGCGGCGGGCGAUUUAAAAUCUACGGAGUUACAGACCGCGCUCGCAUACUACGCCCUACUUAAGGUCAAAGAAGCUUCACAUACCGUUGAUGGGCGCAUAACUGCCGUCGAGAGGAACACGAAUAGAACGAAGGCCACCCUGUGCUCCAGGCAAAACACCCACCGCAUGAUGCUUGCCGACCUUGAGGACCAUAUGUACUUCCACAAAUUGGAGUUGCAGCGCAUCGCAUGCAUCCACGGUGAACUAGAUGGUCAACGAACUGCUGCAGAAGCGGAGCAUAAGUCCCUCUUGGUGAAGACUGGCGAAACCAAGAGCGUCAUUGCUGACCUGAUCGACGCCAAAUGUAAAGACGAAGCCGAGCUUGCGUCCCUUGAUGGGGAAAUCAAGGAUCUUGCGACAAACAUUGCGGCCCUGAGGAACGAUGUCGAGCAUUUGGAGAACGAAGUCGCUGAGAAAACUGCCCAUCUGGUCGACGCUACCGCUUCCAACGAACGAAUGAAUGCGGCAAAAGUCGAAUUGUCUGGCAGGCACUGUUUCGCCAGGUGUCCGAGGUUGAGGCUGAUGUGCAAGCUCUUCAGAGGUAAGCUUCGCACGCUGUUUUGCUCAACCUCCGCCAGCAACAACGAAGAGCUGCAAUCGGCGAUUGCGGAGCAUAGGCCUCGUAUCCAGGAGUUGGAGCAUCUGCUGCAGGCCAAAAUGGAAGAGCUGCAGCUGCGUAAACGCGAGCUGGCCGAUCAUUCGUCUGCCUGCAACAUUCUACGGAUGCAAGCGGCAGAUACUGUGGGUCCAUGA